GUGAGGAGAAAAAGACCCAUUUAUUACCGAUCCCCUUUGCCUUAAAAACGUUCACCGAUUUCCUCUGUUUGAAUGAAAGAAAGCCGUGUUCUUCUCUGCUCAUUUACUCUCUCUCUCUCUCUCUCUCUCUCUCCUACUCACUCUCUUUCUCUCUCUUGAAUUAUUAGGAUAGAUGGAUUACACUAUGUAUGCAGAGUACAGAUAGAUCUAUCCAUUAACAGCACUAUUUAAUUUUGAAAUUGAAAUAUGGAGUCUUUUCUUUCAGAGCUGGAAUAUUGUAUUUUUUCAGUAUUUAUUUUUUGUCAGAGAAAGCUGUGAUCUUUGUUCUGAAUCCAAGUGCUUUGCUUGGAGAUUUGAGACUCCCCGCACAUUUCCACAUCUGGGUCUCCGCCACUUUUAUGAGUUAAUGAAAAUAAUUUGAGUUGGGUUUUCACGGCUUCGUCUCAAAGUUCGGCGAUAAGCGAAGCAGUUGUGGGCGGCAUUGCUUUGAAGUUCUGAAUUCAGGUUUGAGCAGCCCGAGAAGUACUUCGAGUGUAAGAAUAAUACAGUUCUGUAUUCAUUUUUCUCUUUAAAAAAAUUGAGUUUAUUUUGUUUUUUUUGGUUGGUUCAAAUAAUGCCUGGAGUUUUAAGAAUAUAGAAAUCAUAGAUAUGAGAAAAAAAAAAAGAAUGGUUUAUCUCUGUCGUCUGAAAUGAGUUCACGUGAAGCUUACGCUGUAAUGUCCGUGAGCAAAGUUUCCGAGAAACGAUGCACACCCACUCUCUCCAUUUGGUGACUUUCCAAAGCUUUCACCCAUUAAUGGAGAGCCUUCUUUCAUAUUAAUAAAUGGGUUGGUUGGGCACAGUUGAAGUAGAUUACCCUCCAAGCUUUUUUACUUCAAAGCAGAAAAAGAAAAGAGAGUACAGCGUUGAAAAUGACUCACAUUGCCGCAGUAGUCUUAGUCUUUGACUCAUUGUGAUUGAUUGUGGUGGAUUGGAAAAAGUGCUUGGCUGAAAAAGAAAAAAAAGCGCCAAAAGAGCAAGAGGGCUGAAAAUGAUUUGGAAUCAUUGGCAAUGUCGCUAGUUCUGCAUUUUUGAUUGUUAUCUUCAAUUAAAGGGAAUGAUGGAACCUCUGGUUUCAAGGUACUCAUUGUGGCAGCUGCUUCUAAUUACACUAGCGAUAUCUCUUGUUCCAUCUCCCGUAAGAUCAGGCGAUGCAGAAGCGCUUUUGACGCUAAAAUCGUCGAUCGACACAUCAAACGUGCUACAAUGGCAACAACAACAACAUCAAUAUUCGAACGUGUGCAACUGGACAGGCGUCAGAGAAUGCAUGAAAGGAAGGGUAACAAAGCUGGUUUUAGAGUAUCUCAACUUGACUGGUACUUUGGAUCACAAAUCCAUAAACCAAUUAGACCAACUCAGAGUCCUCAGCCUCAAAGGAAACUCUCUCUCCGCACAAAUCCCAGACCUCUCUGGCCUCCUCAACCUCAAAUCUCUCUUCCUCAACAACAACAACUUCUCCGGCAACUUCCCCGACUCAAUCUCCAGUCUCCACCGCUUAAAGGUCGUCGUCCUCGCCGGAAACCAGAUCUCCGGUCCGAUCCCCACCUCACUCCUCAGACUCCGGCGACUGUACACACUGUAUCUGCAGGACAAUAACUUGACAGGUUCACUUCCUCCGUUUAACCAAACCAGUCUCCGGUUCUUCAAUGUGUCCAAUAACAAUCUCUCCGGUGAGAUCCCAUUAACUCCAGCUUUGGUUCGUUUCAAUUCGUCGUCGUUUUCGGGUAACGUGAAUCUGUGCGGAGAACAGGUUAAAAAUAUUAGUACUAAUUAUUUUUGUCAGAGUCAAGGUCCAGCUGGUACACCUCCUUCGCCGUCAAAUAAAACGGCGUCGUCGUCGAAGAAGCGUACGAAACUGAUAAAGAUAAUCGGAGGAAGUGUGGGAGGGUUUGUGGUGUUGUUAAUCUGUUUGGUUUUGUUGUUGAUGAUGUGCGGGAAGAACCGGACGAAACCGGAGGAGAUUACUAGCCACAAAGCGCUGGAAGCAGUGGCAGUAGUAGGAGAGGGGGCUUCAAGCGGUGGCAGGGGACGUAAUAUCGGAGAUAAACCGGGGGGGUUUUCGUGGGAAUGUGAGGGACUAGGGAGCUUGGUGUUCUGCGGAGCAGGGGAUCAGCAGAUGAGUUAUAGUUUAGAAGAUUUGUUGAAGGCUUCGGCUGAGACAUUGGGGAGAGGAAUUAUGGGGUGUACGUACAAGGCUGUGAUGGAGUCUGGGUUCAUCGUGACCGUUAAAAGAUUGAAGGACGCUAGGUACCCUAGAUUGGAUGAGUUUAGAAGACACAUGGAUGUGCUUGGAAGGCUUAGCCAUCCUAACCUGGUCCCACUCAGGGCUUAUUUCCAGGCUAAGGAGGAGCGCCUUCUCGUAUAUGAUUACUUCCCUAAUGGCAGUCUCUUCUCUCUCAUUCACGGAUCCAGAGCUUCAGGUGGCGGGAAGCCUCUUCACUGGACAUCAUGCCUUAAAAUAGCAGAGGACCUGGCAACUGGUCUGCUCUAUAUCCACCAUAAGCCUGGUUUAACCCAUGGAAACUUGAAAUCCUCUAACGUCUUGUUAGGUUCCGACUUUGAGUCCUGCCUCACAGAUUAUGGUCUCCUUUCAUUCCGAGACCCUGACUCACUUGAAGAACCCAGUGCUACUUCUCUCUUCUAUAGAGCUCCUGAAUGCCGUGACAUUCGAAAGCCAUCUACCCAACAAGCUGAUGUCUACAGUUUUGGUGUCCUUGUAUUAGAGCUUCUAACUGGAAAAACACCCUUCCAGGACCUUGUUCUGGAACACGGUUCAGAUAUUCCUAGGUGGGUCCGUUCAGUCCGUGAAGAAGAAACUGAGUCUGGGGAUGAACCUGCCUCAGGCUCUGGUAAUGAGACGUCUGAGGAAAAACUUCAGGCUCUCUUGAACGUUGCAAUGGCCUGUGUGUCAAUUGCACCAGAGAGCCGGCCUACAAUGAGAGAGGUUUUAAAGAUGAUCAGAGAUACAAGGGCGGAGGCUCAAAUUUCAUCAAACAGUAGUGAUCAUUCACCUGGAAGAUGGUCAGAUACUGUUCAGAGCUUGCCUAGGGAAGAACAUUUGAGCAUUUGAGAUGAUAAUAGCUUGGCGGCUUUAAAUUAUGUAUGCUGAUUUUUUUUCCUCAUUGAAUUGCGAUUCUUCAAGUAGGCAUUGUAGAGUGUACCAGUGUAAAGGUUUUCUUUAAUCUUUUUAGCUAGUUGGAAGUUACAUUUAAGAUUUUAUUAUCUAGCUAGUGAGCUGUUUGGAAGGUUGAAUUGCUUGACUUCCAGUUUAUUUGGGGCUUGAUUUGGUUGGGUUCUCAUGCAACAGAGUCCACAUCCGUUUGGAAAAGUGUUCUUCAUCAGAGUUCAAAUUCACGGGGGUGAUGUUAGCUCAGGUUAUGUUCUGAAUUGCUCAUUUACUUAUUUUGUUCAGUUUUGGACAGAAAAAAAUGUUCAAACCUUUUUUAUUUAAACUUAAGUACAGUACCAUAAGUGCUGUAAUUUAUUGUUAUUUUGGGAACAUUGCAAAAGAUUAAACUAAUAAACAAAAGCGCUAUUAGUCUUUCCUGCUAA